AAACCGACAAGACAAAAUGCUGUCCACAAACGCUUCAUUUCGUCUCCUCGUCUUCAUUUCGUCUGCCUCCCUCCAUCUCCACCUCGUGCUAGCUGCUCAUUGACCGCGCGCGUCGCGUCCAGGCCGGCGUGCUCCCACUGCUCGGCCGUGAGGAAGGACGGUCGGGGUCAACGACGACGGGAACGCUCGGCCUCCUGCCGUCGUCGAGCGGUUCCAGCACAAGAUGGCCACCGCAGUUGCAGGUAAUCGAUCAAGAGCUCAAACUUAUUAAUGUCGAUAUCACCAGACUCGCCAUGGCGAGGUGCUGCUGCAUUCUUUCGUCAACCUGUGAACAGAACAGAUGAACUUGCAGCUCAAUCCCUAAUAGAAGCAAUCUACAAUUAUAAUGUCAGGUGCUCGAUUUCUUCAAAUUUGCCUGACAUUGAGUACAGAAGUAGUGACGGAGAAAUAGAUACCAUGCGCCAUGUGUUCCGAUGGGAUAAAGCCCCAUAUGAAUUCGUGUUUCAAAAUGGAUUCGAAGCAAGGCGUCAAGACAAAGGCGCUUCAGAUGAAACUUACUUCAAUUUGGAGCGUUAUGUAACUAGCGGCGGGAGGCCUCUGGACACUCGAAGGGACACAACUCAUGCCUAUGUUAGCACUACCAUAAGUAGCUCCUGGUAUCCCAGUGUCAACCCUGGCAGUGUACAUCUCUUAUACCGUUAUGAGAUAUAUGCUCCUGGAGGAAUAUGGGUUUCUCAAACAUUGGGCAACAGAUAUAGCUACAGUGCUCAAGAUGAGGUUGCCUUUCCUGCCGGCAUUGCUCCUCAAUAUAUUCGAUCUGCGCAAAUUUUCGAACUCACAAAUGACAGCAAAUAUACAAGACGGAGAAGAGUGAAUACCAUUCUAUACAGAAACAGGAAUUUCAAUCCUAAUUCACAUCCAGCGAGGAGGCUCAGAAUACAGAGCCCAGUUUGCCAUUACAUGGAUGAAAAUAAUCAGAGGAGGAAACUAGUAAUUCAGGAAGUCCCAGAGCGACAGAUGUCAGUGGACGAUGCAAAUGAUGAGGUGAAUGAGUAUUAUACAGAGGGAGCCACUGAUGUUGACAACUACAUCGACUCAGCAUUUCGCUCUACACGGAAGAAUGAAGCCUAUAUUUUCAUCAAGGAAGAGAAUGUUGUCAUGAACUACGGUCCUGCAACAAGAGAUGACAAAAUAAUCAGCGGCCUAAGGUACAUAGGCAAUAUUUUCCACUCUCUUGUGGGCACUUGUUUUGCCGAGCACGGGAUAGAUGCUGCUUUUGGUUGCCAUGACAAUGAUGGGCUUUUCUGUGCUCGUAGUGAAGCAAUGAUCUUUUCUGGGAAUCUUUGUGCAAGGAUAAACUUUGCGCCACGGACCACUAGGGAUCGGAUUAUACAAGGUCCUAAAACCAUCAGGCAGAUGUUUCCCUUCUUCAAAGGGACCAACUUUGAGAAGGGGAUAGAUGCUGCAUUUGAAUCCACUGUGACCGGGGAAGCCUACCUGUUCAAAGGCUCAGAGUAUGCUCUCAUCGACUACUCCAAGCUAAUCCUGAUCGAGAUACGCGCCAUAACGGAUGGGUUCAAGUGCUUUAGCAACUGCUACUUGUUUGCAAGAGACAUUGGAGCUGCCCUUGCUUCUCAUGUGUCCAAAGACGCCUACCUGUUCAAGGAUAACAACUAUAUUCUGUUUCACUUCACCCCUAGGGAAACGAAUCACUAUAUCAUUGGGGGCCCCAAGGAGAUAGUUCCUAGAAACUGGCCCUCAUUGAAGGGCAUCCUGCCCCGCAAGAACAAGGCACUUGACAUUUACGAGUCCACCCAACCAAACCCUGUGCGCGACCAGGACGACUAGUAAUGACAUUUAUUUAACUAUGCAUGCAAAGUGUGUUUGUUGAUUCUGAUUGUUCAUCUGUGAGUGGAGAGUGUGUGUACUUGCCAAUGGGAGCGCCUGGCGUCGCUCGCUGGAUUCUCUUCCUGUUUGUGUAGCUAUUACCUUGCUGAUAAUCCUAUAUAUACAGUCGGGUAUAUGAUGAUAAUAUCAAAAAUUAACUAGAUGUACUUCUUUA